GCGCGGGCUCCCUCACCUACCGCCCCACGCGCGCGCGCUCGCGCACCACGCGCCCCGCGCGGCCCGCCCGGAUCGUGGCCUCCCGAGAGCAAGAUAUGGGAAAGCAGAACCACCAAAAGGAGUGAUGACCAGCGAUCUCAUGAUAAAUCUGGAUGUUAGUUCUCAUGCCUCAGGACAUCCAGUUGGGAACUCCACGCCGGCUCCUGGGAUCAGACUUCAUCCACUUACUACCCCUCUUUGCCUGAACUACUAAAGCCAGUCCUAGCUAACCACGAAUGGCUACCCAAAGGAAACACUUGGUGAAAGAUUUCAAUCCUUAUAUCACCUGCUACAUCUGUAAAGGGUACCUGAUCAAGCCAACUACAGUGACAGAAUGCCUCCAUACCUUCUGUAAGACUUGUAUUGUCCAGCACUUUGAAGACAGCAAUGAUUGUCCAAGGUGUGGCAACCAAGUGCAUGAGACAAAUCCAUUAGAAAUGUUGAGGUUGGAUAAUACAUUAGAGGAAAUUAUAUUUAAGCUGGUCCCUGGACUGCGAGAACAAGAACUUGAGCGUGAAUCUGAAUUUUGGAAGAAAAAUAAGCCUCAAGAAAAUGGACAAGAUGAUACUUCAAAAGUUGACAAACCUAAAGUAGAUGAAGAAGGUGAUGAAAAUCAAGAUGAUAAAGACUAUCACAGAAGUGACCCACAAAUUGCUAUAUGUCUAGAUUGUUUACGAAAUAAUGGACAGUCAGGAGACAAUGUAGUAAAGGGUUUAAUGAAGAAAUUCAUUCGAUGUUCUACCCGUGUAACUGUGGGAACUAUUAAAAAAUUUUUAAGUUUAAAACUAAAACUUCCAAGUUCUUAUGAGUUGGAUGUGCUGUGCAAUGGUGAAUGAAUUAUGGGGAAGGAUCACACUAUGGAAUUCAUCUACAUGACAAGACUCAGGCUCCUGGGUGACUCAUUUCGGUGUCUGAACUGCUCAGCUUCGCAAGUCUGCUCUCAGGAUGGCCCUUUGUAUCAGUCCCCUACAAGCGAAAGAUGCACCGCCGGGUUAGGUGAGGCUCAGCAGCGGCAACAGCCACAUGUAACUGUGAGCUUGCUCGGGUCACUUACUACAGAUGAUAGUGGACAAGUUAAACGCACUGACAAAGACUCUCCUCAGAUGCACAUUCCAGUUAUCUAAUAAAAGUACAUCUUAUAUUGGGAUGGUGAGUUGUAGUGGUGCUUCUGCCUUAACCGUACUCCUACAUGUGCGGUUUUAUGCUUUCCCUCUGGCACUGAUGUCUGUUCCUUAGAAUAAAGAUGUUCUUAAACUCCAUCUAAAGUAUCAGAGAAGAACCGGAAUAAGAUCGGAUUUUUAAAAUCCUCACAAAUUCCCUUUUCUUCCUUCAGCACUUCAUUAUGGAGUAUAUGGUCCUGUCGCGAGGUUGAACUUGUGAUUAACAGGAUGCACCUUUAACCAAAAAUUCAGCUACAAGUUUUCAAGGGAAAAGUUAUCACUUUUUAUUUCAAGAAAAAUAUUAUGUAUAUACUCUUUACACUAUUUCAUUUUUUAAAUUAAAAAAAUUUUAAAUUCCACCAAAUGGACAGUUUUCUAGAAAAUACCAGUGGACCAAAAUUCACCCACGAAGAAAGAAAAUUUAAAUCUGUAAGCCAUGAAAGAAAAUAAUUACUCAAAAAUUACUUCUCAAAGGAUGCCUAAAUAGCUUGAUGGUCAUGCUCUCUCCAAUUUUCAGCAAUAGAUCAUUCCCAUUGUAAACUGUUUUAAAUUAUUGAAAAAGAUGGAAUUCUUUUCAAAUUUCUUUUACAAAAGUACGUAAUCAUGAUACCAAAAACUGACAGAAAACCCCCAACUAGAAAACCAGUAUCAUCUCAUUUGAAUACAAAUACAAAGAUGAUAAGUAAUAUACUAAAAGAAUAAUAACCAAGACUAAAUAGUAUUUUAUCAGAAAAUGGAAGAAUGGCUUACUAUUGGGGGGAAGGAAGUAUAUAUAUUAUGUAAUAUAAACAUAUUUUAUAAUAUAUACACACACACAGAGUCGAAUAAAAACCAUCAGUAGAUACUGAAAGGCAUUUGAUAAAAUUCACUAAGUCCCAGUUUUUCCUACCAGCUUAGUUUAAAAGUUUUCCAAAAAACAAAACAAUUGAAAUAAUACAAAGGAAUAUCCUUUACUUGUGCUUAGACUUUACCAGUUAAACAUUUUGCUACAUUUUAUGCUCCCUCUGUUCCUUUUCUUCCCUUCUCCUUAUCUUAUGAAUCUCUUUAUCAUUCUGUCUAUUGUUUCUUUGUGCAACUAUUUGAAAGUAAAUUGCAGUAUCAUGACAGUUGACUACCAAAUAUUUCAGCAUAUACUUCCUAAGAUCAAAGACUUCCUCAUAAAUAACCAAAUGGCACUUCACACACAAGAAUUUAAAUAGUAAAUUAAUAUUACAGAGAUGUCAUUUCCUCCCCAUAAGUAAAAUUAUCAAGUUUGAUAUAGUUCCAAACACACUUUUACCAGAUUCUUGUUUAACUAACAGAAUCAGUCAUUCUAAAGGUUCAUCAGGAAGUAUGAGCCAGUGCUUCUGGUCCGUCACAGUUUUCGGUGGGUAAUCGGGGCAUGUGCACCGCCACAUCCUAAAAUGCAUUUGUAAGCUGAAGUAAUUAAAAUAGGGCACUGACUUAAACACAGACAUAUGAGUCAAAAGAAUAGCUCAGGGACAGACUCUAGUAUGUAUGAAUCUGUAAGAGAGUAUUUCACGUUAGUGGAAGAAAAAAGAUUUAUUUAGCAAAUACCUACUGAACACUUAACUAUGCACUGGGUACUCUUUUAGGCCAAGUACUCUUUUAGGACACAAGUAAAAAUGACACAACUUCCUCACAGAGCUUACACUCUAAGAUGGUAAACAGAUGAAAAAUAAAUGAGUCAGUUGUAGUGUUAGAAGAAAAAUUAAAGUAGGGAAGUAGAAUAUUUUAGAUAAGAUAGCCAAAGGGAAUACUUCUUUGAGGGUGGAGGGUUCUUGAUCAAAAGCAAGUGAGAGAAAGUAGCUAUGUGUGUAUCUGGGAUCGGAUGCUUCAGGCCAAGGGAACACAGUGGAAAGAUCUGGAGGAGUGGUCAUACCUGGUUGUUUGAGGGUUGCAAGGAGGCCAGCAGGGCUGGACCGGAGACAGUAUUUGGCAGUCGGCAGGGCUAAUCGGUGAACUCGGAGUAUAGAUUUUGGGGGGAGGGUGUGAUCUAGUAGGAUUAGUUUUCAAUAAAUUUUACUGAGAGUUGGUGGUGGUGAUGGAGAUUCAGUUCAUACCUCACAUUAUAGGAGAUUCUCAUGGCUUAAAGUGGUAAAUAUUAAAAUAGAUAGCAUCAAAGAUCAAGAAGAAAUAUAGUUGAAUAAUUUCAGAGUGGGGAUGGCCUUUUUCACUGUACAUACAAAAGGAAAAAAAGACAAAGCAAGUUGACUGUUAAUAUUGAAAAGUACAUGGCAAAAAUAUCCUAACUAAGGAAAUAUUUGCAGUAUACGCAGAGAGGUUUAAUGGCCUUAAUACAUGAAAGAAUUCAUGCAAAUCUGUAAGACAGAGUUCAACUUAUCAUAGAAAAAUGAACAAAAGACCUGCUUAGGAAAGUCACAAAAGAAGGAAACAAAACUGGCUAAUCAGCAUUCAAAAAUGGUUAAUUUCUUUAGAAGAAAUAAAAUACUAUUUUAUGCUUAUUAAAUUGCCAUAUUAAGAGGGAAGAAAAGAUAGUACUCAUUAUUGAUGAGACCAGUGAAGAAUGAGCAUUUAUAUUUCUUUUGGAAACGUAAAGAUAGAAUAACUUCCCUGAAGUUCAGGGUGACAGUAUUUAUGCUGUUUGAACCAGCAGUUCCACUCUAGGAACCAGCCCUGAUCCUUGGGGCAGGAUUAAUCUAUAAUCGCCAAAAAAAAA